AUGGGCGUGCUAGAUCUGCUGCCGCACUGUGUAAGCGGCGUGUACUUUCUCUACCAUUCAGAUUUUGAGCAGUGGCACUUUGGGAAACUGAGUGCUUUGCGGGAAGCAGCACUUGCCCUUGAAGGUGGAUACCAGUACUACUAUAUGGGCUACUAUAUCCACUCCUGCACCAAGAUGAAGUACAAGGGUGACUAUAGUCCGCAAUACGUCCUCGAUCCGGAGUCGUACGAGUGGCACCCGCUUGAAGGCGAGCUGCGAAGUCUUCUUGACCAGAAGCGAUACGUAUCCUUGUCAAGAGAACGUAGACGGCAGGAAGCCGGCCAAAAGGACGAUGAAGACAAACUCGAAGACUAUCCCUUGCCGACUGCAGCGGAAGGCGGGAAGGCAGUGUCUGCUGGAAUGUCUCUCUUCGAAUUGAAGGUGCCAGGACUCAUGACACCUGAAGAGAUUGAAGAGCAAUUAGAUCUUGGAACAAUUCCCAUAAAGAUUGGUGGCCGCAUGGCAGAAGCACAGACUAACAUGGCGAAGGACUUGGUCUCAUGGGAUAGCAGCAAAUUGACAGACUCACGCACUGCAAAGGGCAUCAUUGGCGAACUCAUUGCCUGCCGCCCGAUCAGGAACCUCCCAGAGUCCAUCGAUGUGAGCCCCGAUGCUUCCGCAGCAGAAAUCUAUAAGGAGAUUGCCAAAGCCUCCAAGUUCGACAUCCAUCGCCUGAGGGUCACGAAGGGUAGCGACGGCGCGGCAAUCCCCAAUGGGUCCGAUGUGAAGGUCCACGACACAGGUGUCCGCAACAAGAGUGCCAUAGAUGUCAAGGAUUUGGGUCCCCAGAUCUCCUGGCAGACCGUCUUCAUCGUCGAGUAUCUCGGCCCCCUCCUGAUCCACCCGCUCAUGUACCUCGCCCGCCCCAUCCUCUACAACACCCACGGCGCCCCCGCAUCCUCUCUGCAGCGCCUCACGCUCCUAAUGUGCGUCAUCCACUUUGCAAAGCGCGAGUACGAAACCCUCUUCGUCCACCGCUUCAGCAGCGCCACAAUGCCCAUCCGCAACAUCUACAAGAACUCAGGCUACUACUGGAUCUUCUCGGGCCUGAACCUGGCCUACUGGACAUACGGGCCCAACAGCCCUGCCGCUCAGCCUUCAAACGCGCUGAUCACAUACCUCGGUGUCACGCUGUUUGCGAUCGGUGAAGUUGCGAAUUACAUCACGCAUACCACAUUGCGAGACUUGCGCAGGCCAGGCACUACCGAGCGCGGCAUUCCGCAGGGCUUGGGAUUCAAUCUGGUCACCUGCCCGAACUACAUGUUCGAAGCGAUUGCGUGGAUUGGUGUUGCGCUGGUCAACUGGAGCUUGAGCACGGUUGUGUUCAUCAUCUUUGCUGUGGGCCAGAUGGGCGUCUGGGCGUGGAAGAAGGAGAGGAGAUACCGUAAGGAAUUCGGAGACAAGUACAAGAGGAAGAGGUAUGCGAUCUUGCCGGGUAUCUGGUAAGCUCCUCGGUGACCGAGGAGAGAGGGGAGUGAAGGGCGAGUGUGACAACAGGGUCACUGUGGCGCGAUGAUGAAGGACGAUCACAUGCGAAGGACGAUGAUCGACGUCUAUGGCUUGUACGGAUUCGCGACGGGUGAUGUAAGGCUGCGGCGCGCAUUGAUCAGAUAGGACAUUUUUUGGGGCCGAAGCCCUCCAUACAGCAAUACCAGCAUAUACCUAAUAUCCAA